AAUUGAAGUUAGACUAGCGUAAACCCUAGAGCUUUAUAAACACCGCCACGAUCGACUCUCCCCUUCCGCAUCCUUCCUGAACACACACAGCACACUCUCGGCUGUAUCCUCUCUUUCUCUUUAGUCUUUGUGCGUCUUAAAACCCUAGAGGGACGCCGGAAAAAGAAGGGGGGGUUUGGAUUCAGAUCAUUUUCGAUCGCCGAUUUUCUCGAUCCGAAUUCGUUUCGGAUCCUACAUACUCCCGCUAUGGACCUUCCUAGCCUCGUCGUCGUCCUCCAAGGUGCUCUAAGCCCCAAUCCCGAUGAACGUAAGGCGGCGGAGCAAAGCCUCAAUCAGUUUCAGUACACGCCUCAACAUUUGGUGAGGCUAUUGCAAAUCAUUGUGGAUAACAACUGCGACAUGGCUGUCCGCCAAGUCGCCAGCAUUCAUUUCAAGAAUUUCAUCGCCAAGAACUGGUCGCCUAAUGAGCCUGAUGAGCAGCAGAAGAUUUUGCAAAGUGAUAAAGACUUGGUGAGGGAUCAUAUUCUAGUGUUUGUACCCCAACUUCCUCCUCUGUUAAGGGUACAGCUAGGUGAGUGCCUCAAGACGAUUAUCCAUGCUGAUUACCCUGAACAAUGGCCACUUCUUUUGGACUGGGUGAAGCAUAACUUACAAGAUCAACAAGUGCAUGGAGCUUUAUAUGUAUUGCGGAUACUUGCUAGAAAAUAUGAGUUCAAGUCUGACGAGGAGAGAACACCGGUUUGUCACAUUGUUGAUGAGACAUUUCCUCAUUUGCUCGAUAUAUAUAACAAGCUUGUCCAGAUUGUCAACCUGUCGUUGGAUGUAGCAGAUUUGAUCAAGCUUAUUUGUAAAAUAUUUUGGUCAUCCAUAUAUUUGGAGAUUCCAAAACAGCUCUUUGACCCGAAUGUGUUCAGUGCUUGGAUGAUUCUUUUUCUAAAUGUAUUAGAGAGGCCUGUCCCCUUGGAAGGGCAGCCUGCUGACCCCGAGCUUCGGAAAUCAUGGGGGUGGUGGAAGGUCAAGAAAUGGACAAUUCACAUUUUAAACAGGCUAUACACUCGGUUUGGUGAUUUGAAACUUCAAAACCCAGAAAACAAAGCUUUUGCUCAAAUGUUUCAGAAGAAUUAUGCUGGCAAGAUUUUGGAGUCUCACUUGAACUUGCUGAAUGUGAUUCGUGUUGGUGGCUAUUUACCCGACAGAGUUAUCAAUCUGAUUCUUCAAUACUUGAGCAACAGUAUCUCGAAGAACAGUAUGUAUAAUCUGCUCCAAUCUCGACUUGAUACUCUUCUUUUUGAGAUAGUUUUUCCGCUUAUGUGCUUCAAUGACAAUGAUCAAAAGCUUUGGGAUGAAGACCCUCAUGAGUAUGUGAGGAAGGGUUAUGAUAUAAUUGAAGAUUUAUACAGUCCAAGGACUGCUGCCAUGGAUUUUGUCAGUGAGUUGGUUAGAAAACGUGGAAAAGAAAAUCUGCACAAGUUUAUUCAAUUCAUUGUGGAAAUUUUUAAGAGUUAUGAUGAAGCUCCAGUAGAGUACAAACCCUACAGACAGAAAGAUGGUGCUCUUCUUGCAAUCGGAGCUCUCUGUGAUAAAUUGAAGCAAACUGAACCUUACAAGUCCCAACUCGAGCGUAUGUUAGUGCAACACGUUUUCCCCGAGUUCAGUAGUCCGUUUGGGCAUCUUAGAGCUAAGGCUGCAUGGGUUGCAGGACAGUAUGCACAUAUAAAUUUCUCAGAUCAGAACAAUUUUCGUAAAGCUUUACACAGCGUUGUGUCUGGGAUGCGUGAUCCAGAACUUCCCGUUCGUGUUGAUUCUGUUUUUGCAUUGCGCUCUUUUGUUGAGUCUUGCAGAGAUUUGAAUGAAAUCCGCCCAAUUCUUCCUCAACUCCUAGAUGAGUUCUUUAAACUAAUGAAUGAAGUUGAGAAUGAGGACCUUGUAUUUACUUUGGAGACUAUAGUGGACAAGUUUGGGGAGGAGAUGGCACCAUAUGCUCUUGGGUUAUGCCAGAAUUUGGCGGCUGCAUUUUGGAGGUGUAUGAACACAGCUGAAGCUGAUGAUGAAGCUGAUGAUCCUGGUGCUUUAGCUGCAGUUGGUUGUUUACGUGCCAUUAGCACAAUUCUCGAAUCAGUGAGCAGGCUUCCUCACCUUUUUGUGCAAGUCGAGCCAACUUUGCUUCCUAUAAUGCGUAGAAUGUUGACAAGUGAUGGCCAAGAGGUUUUUGAAGAAGUUUUGGAAAUUGUUUCGUACAUGACUUUCUUUUCUCCGACGAUAUCUAUGGAUAUGUGGAGUCUUUGGCCCUUGAUGAUGGAAGCGUUAGCAGAUUUCGCUAUUGACUACUUUCCAAAUAUAUUGGUUCCUUUGGACAACUACAUAUCCAGGGGAACAGCACGUUUCCUCACUUGUAAAGAACCAGACUACCAGCAAAGCCUUUGGAAUAUGAUUUCAUCUAUCAUGGCAGAUAAAAAUAUGGAGGACAAUGAUAUUGAGCCAGCUCCUAAGCUCAUUCAAGUUGUAUUUCAGAACUGCAAGGGGCAGGUCGAUCAAUGGGUCGAGCCGUAUCUCAGGAUCACAGUUGAGCGAUUGCGUCGGGCUGAGAAGUCGUACUUGAAAUGUCUUCUCAUGCAAGUGAUAGCAGAUGCUCUGUACUACAAUGCAGCUAUGACACUUGGCAUAUUGCAAAAGCUAGGUGUUGCAACCGAAAUCUUUAACCUUUGGUUCCAGAUGCUGCAACAAGUUAGAAAGAGUGGUGUACGUGUUAAUUUUAAAAGGGAACAUGAUAAGAAAGUAUGCUGCUUGGGAUUGACAUCACUCCUGUCACUCCCUGCUGAUCAGUUGCCUGGUGAAGCUUUGGGACGUGUUUUCAGGGCAACCCUUGAUCUCCUAGUUGCUUACAAGGAUCAAGUCGCCGAAGCUGCAAAGGAAGAAGAAGCUGAAGACGAUGAUGAUAUGGAUGGAUUUCAAACUGAUGAUGAAGAAGAUGAUGGCGAUGUCUCUGACAAGGAAAUGGGAGUUGAUACUGAAGAUGGUGAUGAAGCUGACAGCAUUAGACUUCAAAAGUUGGCUGAACAGGCUAAGGCUUUUCGCCCAAAUGAUGAGGAUGAUGACGAUUCAGAUGAUGACUAUAGUGAUGAUGAAGAGUUGCAAUCACCAAUUGAUGAGGUUGACCCUUUUGUUUUCUUUGUGGAUACAGUCAAAGUCUUGCAAGCAUCAGAUCCAUUGAGAUUCCAGAACCUUACUCAGACACUUGACUUCCAUUAUCAAGCCCUAGCCAAUGGUGUUGCCCAGCAUGCUGAACAGAGGAGGGCAGAGAUUGAAAAGGAAAGAAUGGAAAAGGCAACAGCUACUGCUGCUGCUUAAGCUUUCAAUAGCAUGCUGCGGCUAAAAUUUUGCUUUGCAUAUUGCAUCUGUUCUGUGACGGGUUGCAUACAGCGUUGUUGCCAGUCACCCCAUAUGAGCAUUUGGUUGUUUUAAUUAUCAUGGGUCGGUGAGCCCCAACGAUUUCUCGUGUUCAAAGUUCUUGGAAGCUUUGCUUGUCCAAGUCCCCACUGAUAUACAGUGGGAUUAGUGAACCCUGGAGGUAGUUCUUUGUUCUAUUCCGGCGUUCAGAGUUAUGGUCGUUUUCUGGUGAGAGUGGCUAUUCUAUGGUAGGAGUAAGCCUGUUUGGAACGGUACGCGUUGUCUUUUCCUCUCUAUUCAUGUUCAUUAGUCCACGGUUUCUCUGGGUGUAGUAUUCCGCUUUCCAGGAUUUAUUGAUUUGGAAACCCUAGGACCUGCUUUCUUGGCUUGAUAGCAGUUGGGGGUUUCACGCAUACAGGUCUUGUAGUAUUUGUUUCCCGUUUCUUACGGCUGGUUCAUGGCUGUAUUGAUAAUUUUUGCUUCUGGGUCGUCACCAACAAAAUUUUCCCCUCCCCCUUUAUAAGGUAUAUACAGUCUAGAGUUCAAUAUUGGUUUAUUUGGGUUGAUUGCAGGGGGGCUUCCAAGGGUUGCCUGCUGCCGAUUGUAAAACAGUUACUUUUAUUCUUUAUAUAAUGUAGAUUAACGAGGAGCAGUCCAUUUUGAUCCA